AUGGCCUCUCUGAGCUCGUCACCCUUCACGCCUCAGGCUAGGCUUACUUACCUCGGCUUCUGGGCCAUCACCAAGAGACACCUGAGCAUAUCGCUUCGCCGAAUGGACUCUGGCACCUAUCAACGCUCCGACUUUGCUAACCAAGGAUAUACUGGCAUCUACGAACCUGGCGGGCCUACCGAAGGCCCAUUGCGAGAUGCAUCUAUCAUAGGAGCGCCUCGCAUAACACCGACCAUCCUCAAACAGCAUCUAGAUCAAUUCGUGGUCGGCCAAGAACGAGCGAAGAAGACACUUGCAACAGCGGUAUACAACCACUAUCAGCGGAUACAAGAGCUGCAACGGCGAGAUGAGGAGGAGGAAGAGCACAUGGCGCAGGAGGAGAGGCGCAGAAUGUCGCAGCAUCCUAGGCAUCCCGUCGAAGGUAGGGAGGGCGAGCUUAAGCAAGGAAUCGCCGUGCCUUCGCUGACCAAAGGAUGGCAUGUCGAAGACGAGUUCCCCGGCCAGCAGCAAACAACCAACCUGUACCCUCCCGGUUCCAAUCAGCAGCAGCAAAAGCCGGCGGAGCCCAACGGGCUAGGGCCUCCCUCGCCGCUAAGCGAUGACAGCCCCCUUACGAUUGAAAAGAGCAAUGUGUUGUUACUAGGGCCAUCAGGAGUGGGCAAGACGCUAAUGGCCAAGACACUGGCACGGAUACUGGAGGUGCCAUUCAGCAUGUCGGACUGCACCCCGUUCACACAGGCGGGAUAUAUCGGUGAAGAUGCGGAGGUGUGCGUGCAGAGACUACUUGCCACAGCCAACUACGAUGUCACUCGGGCAGAAAGAGGAAUCAUCUGCUUGGAUGAGCUGGACAAAAUCGCUACAGCCAAAGUAUCGCACGGCAAGGAUGUGAGUGGGGAGGGCGUGCAGCAGGCACUUUUGAAAAUCAUCGAGGGGACGACAUUGCAAAUCCAGGCUAAACAGGAGAGGGGCAGUGGAUCAUCAAAUGAUCGAAAUCGCGGUCAGGGUGCUGGAUAUCCGACUAACAGUCCUCUAUCUGGAGGGAACAUGGGCCAACAGUCUGCGUCACCAGGCCAGAAAGGCGAGGUAUACAACGUUAAGACGGACAACAUACUUUUCAUCUGUGCUGGAGCUUUCAAUGGUCUCCACAAAAUGAUUCUCGACCGAAUAAGCAAGGGUAGCAUUGGAUUUGGCGCUACAGUCCGGGCAGCACCAGGGUCGAACAACGACUCCAACCAGCACGAAACAAUACUCGAGGGCGAAGACGAAUUGUUCGAGAAACAUCUGCCCUACUACGCACCACCUCCGUCGGAGCCCAAUUCAAGCCCAACUCAACAACGCAAGUACAACACACUCGAUCUGGUCGAACCGCAAGACCUCCAAAAGUAUGGUCUCAUCCCUGAGCUUGUCGGCCGUAUUCCCCUCUCCUGCGCUCUCUCGUCUCUGGACAUCGAAGCCCUCGUCAAAGUCCUCACAGAGCCCCGCAACAGCCUUUUGAAGCAAUAUCAGCAACUCUUCUCUCUUUCCAGCAUCGAAAUCCGUUUCACGUCUCCCGCACUGUAUGCGAUCGCCACCAACGCCUCCAAAAUGGGAACUGGAGCACGUUCUCUCCGCACUGUCAUGGAGAGACUGCUCGCUGACGCCAUGUUCGAAACGCCCGGAUCUGGAACAAGGUAUAUCCUGAUCAACGAGGACGUGGCGAGUCGCAAAGCCGGUGCAGUGUACUUUGCUCGAGGGCAGCAGGGGCAAUUUCGAAAUAUGAUUGCAGCGGAAGAAGAUGCCUGGGAAGAGCGGAAACGACACGAAGCACAAGGCGAGAGCGAGUUCGAUGCCCGCGCGAGAAACAACAGUGCGGGAGGAGCAGCUUCAACAUUUGAAGAGUAUCGACAGAAGGCUACUGCUGCCGGAUUCGUGUAG